CAUACGGGCAGUAUCGUUUAGUAAGACAAACCAUCACACACGCGCCAUGCCUAUCCUUAAAAUCUUCACGAAUGUCUCUAGGGAGAAAAUCCCGGUUGACUUUGUUAAUAAAAUACUGCCAGUUUUAGCAAAGGUGUUGAGGAAACCUGAAAAUCUUUUCUCCUGCGUGGUGGCUCCAGAUUGCGUCUUAUCCUUUGCAGGAGAUUCCACUAUUCCUGGUGCAAUGGCUAAUCUUGAGUCAAUUGGUCACUUAGGUCCAGCAGAUAACAAAGUAAUUGCCAAAGAAGUAACAGAUUUCGUCGAAAAGGAACUAGGAGUUAGCCCCGCCAGAUUUGUGCUUACCUUCUACGACAUGCAACCGUACAAUAUCGCGAAAAAUGGUGUCACUUUUGCCUGAAUUAAUUACAAAAAAAAUAAAAUAAUAUAAAAACA